GCGCGCGCACAGUCCACCGUCGUCGUCACCUCCAAUGCGCGAUACGACGACGCGGCGGUGCCGCUCGCGUCCGUGGCGUGCUACGGGGCCGCUGGCUCUGGGAUCAGCACCGAGCCCGUCGAGACGUUCGGCGCGCUCCCCGCAUUCCCGUUCAUCGGCGGCGCGGCGCUUGCUGCCGGGUGGGCCGCGGCCGCGUGCGGGACGUGCUGGGAGCUCGCGUACGCGCGGUACACCGUCGCCGUGCUCGUGAUUGACCAUGCGAGCGCGGGGCUCAACAUCUCGGUGGAGGCGUUCGACCAGCUGCACGGCGGCACGGCGGCACGG